AUCGAAGGGGGAGCGUAACAGCGGCAGGCAGAUGACCCAAGAGCGAUUUCGUCGCUGUGCAGGCGCUCAUGCACGAACCCGCUACAGCGCACGGUCCUCCGUCGCACAUCUCCCCCGACGCGAAAUGCCAACGACGAGGCCUAAGCGCACACCCAGUAGAUCCGCAAAGAAGACGGAGAGUCCAGUUGAGGACGGAUCGGAGCGGGUGGCGAGUUCGCCACCGAGUUCGGUGGGCGAGGAGUAUGGGAGUGAGAGUGAGAGUGAGUUUAGCGGGAAGGAGGAGAGUGAUCAUGAGGAAGAAGUGCACGGCGAGUCUGAGGAGGAUGUGGAGAGCGAGGAUGGUGAAGAAGAGGAGGAGGAGGAUGAGCGCCCACCUACGAAGAAGCGCAAAGUCGCCACCCCAAAGCCGACCAUGAAGAGCAAAACCAAGAAGGCUACAUCACCCUCACCCGACGAUGCGGACGAUGCCACAUCAGCGGCCGGCUCCGGCCUAGGCAGCACCUUCAUCCCCCGCAUCCCCUCCCCCUCCCCUGGCGACACUCCCUACAAACCCCACACCCUCCACCCAAACUCCCUCUCCUUCCUCUCCCUCCUCUCCAAAAACAACGACCGCACCUGGUUCCAACCCCACGAAUCCCACUACCACGCCUCCAAACGCGACUUCGAAUCCUUCAUCGACACCCUCCAACACCGCUUAACCAAGAUCGACGACACGGUCCCGUUAUUGCCGGUGCGGGAUUUGGUGUAUAGGAUUUAUAGGGAUGUGAGGUUUAGCAAUGAUCGGACGCCGUAUAAGACGUAUUUUGCGGCUGGGUUUGGGAGGAUGGGGAGAAAGGGUGGGGUUUGGGCUGGGUAUUAUUUGAGUGUGCAGCCGGGUGGGAAGACCUUUGUUGCGGGUGGCAAGUGGCAUCCGGAUUCGGUGCAGCUUGGGUUGUUGAGGAGGAUGAUUGAUAAACAAGGACGUGCGCUCAAGAAACUGAAAGCCAUCAUCGAGGAGGAGGGGUUUAAGGAACUUUUUGGCGGGCUGGAUGAGUUGUGUCAAAAUGAGGACAGACUCAAAGUUGCACCGAAGGGUUAUCCGAAAGACCACCCUGAAAUCGCGUUGUUGAAACUCAAGGGGAUUGGGGUUAGUAGUAAGCGGUGGUCUGACGAAGAGGUUUGUGGGGAGGGGUUUUUGGAGGAGGUGGUGGAGGCGUUGAGGAAGUUGGUACCGUUGGUGGAGUUUUUGAAUGGAGUUUGUGUGCCGGAGUUGGAGGAGGCGCACAACCCGCAACGUUCAGCGAUAUCCCAAUCCUCGACCGCAAUGAAUAACACCGUCGUCGUCGGGCUCAAUGCCUGGCAGUAUGCACAAUUCGCAUUCGAGCCAAUAACUUAUGCCGCAGCCACCCUUGCCGCGGUCGAAUACCGUCCUGUCGGAACCCCUACGGCUGUCACAUUAGGCGAGAAGACCGGGGCCGAGAUCCAGCCUCGUAAGCGCUUCCUUACUUCCUCCUUCAAGGAUACCCUCCGCUUCCUCUCCAAGAUCGAUUCGAACGCGAUCAAGGGUCUCUACCGUGGUGCGAUCCCUUGGCUCUUGAAGCAGGUUACUCAGCAUUACGCUGCGUACGCCACCUGGGCAUACAUCUUCCCGCAAUGCACGACUACGACACAGAUGGUCGUUGCGGCGUCCGCGAGUGAUGUAUUGAGUGAUAUCGUGUUGGCUCCUGUCGAGUUGUGGGGAACUGCAUCUAUUGUUUCGAGCAAGCAUGUUGGGACGCAGGUUAGCCCUCGAUUGAUCUUGGCUUGUGUUCCUCGUCUUUUGCCGCUUGUUACUGCUACCUCGACAUUCAACAUCCUCUUCCAAAUGGUCUUAUCCAAGCUCCUCCCCGACGCUGUCUCCGAGCAGCCCAUUAUCUGGCAAUCCCUCAUCCAUCUCGUCCUCAACUACUCCUCCAAGCUCAUCCAGUCCGUCGUCCUCCGCCGUGUUGAAGUCGCCUUGUUGAGAACCGAGGGUGUCGAGACGGUCGUGCCUACCCCCGAAGCGAGUGAGGAUGGAAGGAUUUAUGGAGUCAAGCAGGUUGGGCUCGUGGAUGAGGGUUAUGAGGGUGUUUGGUGGGUGUUGAGAUGGGUUAAACCUGGGCUUAUUGCUGGAUCGAUUGGAAUGGUUGUGCCUGCUUUGGUUUCUGCUUGGGUUGGUGCUCAGGAGGCUACCUACUAG